CCGAGGUCGAGCUGCUGGCACUAAUUCCACCCCUCGAUGCAGCGCGUGGCGGCUUCAACCACGAACACGGCAUCGAAAACAUGGGAGAGCUCCCAACCGUUGAUCUGUUGAAAGCGGCACACGGAGCAUCUCACCGCUAGCCAAAAUAACUCGGAAAAUAUGACUCUUCGAGAAUCGCAGCUACGCAGCCUAGUUUUUUCUGACACUUUUUGAUGCAGCCAAGCUGAAGGCUAAUUUGGUGGUUGACGGCAGAGUGGAUUUUACUAACUAGAUAUGGACUAGCGCACAGUCAUUGCUCCUCCUCCUCUAACGAUAUUUAUAUAUAUAUAAACAGUGCAAAGAUGUGAAAGGAGAGGGCCGUUGGACAUCAAGACAUUCCUAAAUUUCAACUCUCAGAAGAAGACAUUGUGGCCAUGGCGCCAGGCACCGAUAAGGGAGAAGAGUUUCUGAAACGGCCAUUAUACGUAUUCGAUCUCCCAGCAGGACUACUUGCAUCUCUAUCACAUAAGCCUACUAGCGUGCCUACUCCCAUUCCUCUCAAACCAGACGAGCGCCAUAAGACACUAGAACAAGGGGAAAGGCCCGAUGGAGUCGUCGGCGUUACGUCAUGCUCGUUAUGCCAGGUCUCCUUCCAGAACGUCCAGGAGCAAAGGGAGCACGUAAAGUCAGAUCACCACAGAUACAACCUGAAGUCACGAAUACGGGGAACUCCUGUGUUAAACGAAGUCGAGUUCAACAAGGCCAUUGGAGAGCUGGACGAGUCGAUAUCCGGGUCUGAAUCCUCAUCGGACGAAGAAGAGGAGGUUGAGGAAGGGCAGAAAACUCCUGAUACCAUACUCACUGCACUCCUUAAGAACAAGAGAAAUAUCAUCUACACAGAAGCGGAUGA